AUGGGGGACUCGCCGCGUGAUUCGUCGAUCGUCGGCGGCGAAGUUUCCAAGCUUGUCGAGCAAGCCAAGGAGUUGCAGGAGGCGGCGGCGUCUCUCAUAUCCCGCACCUCCAUCGAAGAGGAUGCGCUGCGGCAGCGCGUGGCUUCACUUGAUUCCCGGAUCAAGUCCCUCCGAAGCUCCUUAAACAACGGCAAAUUGGAUGAGGAAUUGGUCAGAGCUAGGUAUAUAUUGAGCGAAGGAGAUGCAGCAACAUUUCUUCCAAGCAAAUCUCAUGGGAGAUUUCUGAGGAUGUUUUUAGGUCCCAUUAAUGUGCGGGCAAAUAGGAAGGAUGUGCAAUUGAAAGUGAAAGAAGAAUACAAUAAUUUCAGAGAUAGAACAGCAUAUUUGUUCCUUUUUCUGCCUUCAUUGCUGCUUAUGCUACGGUCAACUAUAUGGGAUGGAUGUCUACCGGCAUUACCAGUUCAACUCUACCAGGCAUGGUUACUGUAUCUCUACACUGGUCUAGCUUUGAGAGAAAAUAUCUUGCGAGUAAAUGGAAGUGAUAUCCGACCAUGGUGGAUUAAGCAUCACUAUUGUGCAAUGGGUAUGGCUGUAAUUAGUCUUACUUGGGAGAUAGAGAGAGGACCUGAUUGUGCUCAGAAACAGAGAGGUGUGGAGCUGUUUCUGAAAUGGGCGAUCAUGCAAGGAGUUGCAAUGAUUCUUCAGAACAGAUAUCAGCGGCAAAGACUUUACACACGUAUUGCUCUUGGCAAGGCAAGGAGAAUGGAUGUUGUUUGGGGAGAAACUGCUGGAGUCGAGGGGCAAUUACUUCUGUUGUGCCCUAUACUUUUCAUUUUGCAGGGUUUUGAGGCAUAUGUUGGGGUCUUGCUGCUUAAAACUGCACUUGCAGGAUUCAGUUUAGACUGGCAGGUAAUCACCUGUGGGAUUCUCCUUAUAAUUAUGGCCGCUGGGAACUUUGCUAAUACUGUGCAAACUCUUGUCACAAAGUCGAGGGUUAAGGCGAAAAUAAAGAGAGAUAAAAGCAGGCAAGAGUUGUUGAAUCAUGGUUCCAGUGAUAGGACUGCCUGA